AUGUCAAACUUCCAGAAUACCACAUCUAUGUCCAUCAUUUUCCUGCUAACUGGUGUUCCUGGGCUGGAAGUAUUCCACACCUGGAUCUCCAUCCCCUUCUGCUUUCUCUACAUAACCGCCCUCUCAGGAAACAGCCUGAUUCUCUUUGCCAUUGUCACUCAGUCCAGCCUCCACGAACCCAUGUAUUACUUCCUCUCCAUGCUGUCCACCACUGACCUUGGCCUGUCCAUAUCCACUCUGAUCACCAUGUUGGGUAUAUUCUGGUUUGACGCCAGGGAGAUCAGCUUUAAUGCCUGCUUGUCACAGAUGUUCUUUAUUAAACUCUUCACUGUCAUGGAAUCCUCAGUGUUGUUGGCCAUGGCCUUUGAUCGUUUUGUGGCCAUCUCUAAUCCACUCAGGUAUGCCACCAUUUUAACUGACUCCAGAAUAGCUCAAAUUGGAGUGGCAAUUGUCAUCAGAGGGACACUAAUGCUGACACCGAUGGUGGCACUUCUUAAACGACUGUCCUUCUGCCGCAGCCACGUGCUCCACCACUCCUACUGCUUCCACCCUGAUGUGAUGAAGCUCUCCUGCACUGACACCAGGAUCAACAAUGCAGUUGGGCUGACUGCCAUGAUCUCUACUGUUGGUGUGGACUCAAUCCUCAUCCUCCUUUCUUACAUUUUGAUUAUUAAGACUGUCCUCAGCAUCGCAUCCCCAGAAGAGAGGAAGAAAGCCUUCAGCACAUGUAUCUCCCAUAUUGGGGCUGUUACCAUUUUCUAUUUUCCAUUGAUAAGUCUGUCCUUUGUUCACAGGUUUGGGAAACGAGCCCCAGCCUAUGUUCAUACAAUGAUUGCUAACACCUACCUCCUGAUCCCUCCUGUAAUGAACCCCAUCAUCUAUAGUGUGAAGACCAAGCAGAUACGCAGAGCUCUGAUAAAAAUUCUCCAUUCCAAGGAUAUAUAG